AUGACCACGGUCCAACAACUCCAGGCACCACCGACGCCAGCGCGGCCGCGAAGUAUGAAUGGAUCGGCGAUGGCGGCCGUUGAAAUGGACAUGGAUCGGCGCUCCAUGUCGCCAGCUGCUAACGGGAUCAAGUUUGGAAGCGGUCCCCAGAGAGGGGACACUCGGAUAGUUGUUAUUGUCUACGGUCACGGGCAAGAAAAGAUCGUGUCAGUGUUUGCAGAUGUGUUGGGAAAACCAUACCGACUUGUCGACGGAUUCCAGGGUGUUACCUCGGCGGACCAGGACAUGGUUAUUGGCGUUUUGGCCAAGAAGGCAGUGGAAGAUAUCGCAACGCGAAACACAGCACUGGUAGUCGCCAUCAACGCACAUUGCGUCAACUUGGGAAUGCCGCCAGAUGGGCUGCUGUCAGCGCAAUGCGAUUACGAGUUCUUAUACACGGAAGCACCCUUUUUCCGUCGGGAUCUGGCCCGUUUCACGUCCUUUGUCCUAGGCCAAAUAAAUCAUCACGAAGCCUUGAUGGCAAAACCACGGACGUAUUUUAUAUCAACUACCUUUCCGGAUGUACAUGCGGCACUUCCAAAUAUUGACAUUCUCACCGUCGGUGCCGAUGCUGUGGAGAUCCGCGUGGACUUACUGACAGAGCCCUUGAGCGACGGCUCCUUUUCAGAGGUACCCAGUCUCAGCUAUGUUGGGGAGCAACUCAUGUUGCUUCGUCAGAGGACCGAGCUACCUAUUAUCUUCACAACGAGGUGUACAAGGGAAAACGGACGUUUCCCCAUGGACAACCCCGACCUCUAUUACGAGUAUCUCUAUCGAGCCAUACAGUGGGGUGUCGAGUACAUUGACGUCGAGGUGUGGCUUCCAGUAACUAUUCGCCAGAAGCUUUACGAACAAAGAGGUAGCAGCCGUAUCAUGUCCGCAUUUCACGACUUCUCUAGCACUUUCAAAUGGCCAUCCGUACAAGCUCAGUCCAUCUUCCUCGAGUCGAGAAAAUACGCCGAUAUUGUCAAGAUGAUUGCUUUCAUUAAUGACCACAACGAAAACUUCGAGCUCGAGUAUUUCCGUUCCAAGAUAAGAUCAGAGUACCCCGACGCGCCACCACUGUCCAUGGUGAACAUGGGCGAAACAGGCCAGUUCUCGCGAACUUUGAACAAGGUGUUUACACCCAUCACCCACCCCUUACUGCCCAUCAUCGCUGCUCCUGGUCAAAUGAGCGCUGCUGAGAUCAAUGCUGCACUGUCACUUUUGGGUCAACUUCCAAAGAAGAGCAUAUACGGUAUCAGCAGCCCGGCAUCGCGCAUUUCCACGCCGCAAGCACCUUUCUAUGAGAAAUGCUUCAACGAACUCGGGCUACCGCAUCACUUCGCCGUGGUGGAGAGAACGUCAAAGGGUGUUGGUUGUGUGGAAGCAUGGUGUAACCAGAAGGCCUUUGGCGGUGCCUACUUGAGUCCUCCGGUCGCCUUCUCGAGCAUCAUGAGCAACAGCGCCUUCUUUGCGCGGCUAAGAAAUGGCUCGGGCCCUAUAUUAUCCGAGGCAGCUCGAGUCAUUGGCAUGAUUGAUACGAUCGUUGUGCGAUCCUCGUCAACGUCGACGCCAGAGUCAGCCCCUGCCUCGAUCCCGUCGAGUCCGACGCGCCACAGCGAUUCGCCGUUCGGUUCCUCAUCCAACUUGAACUCCGGGUUACCCGCUAGUGCCUCGCUCAUAUUUGACAACGCAAGUUGGCGUGGCAUCUUAAGCACGUUGACACGCGACUUGGCCCCAUCGGCUUACUUUGGUCGCACGGCUCUUGUGCUGGCCUCCAGUUCGGAUGAUGCCGCAUCUGCUAUCUUCGCUCUGAAGGCCCUCCAAGUGGGCAAAGUCUACACUGUUGGCUUCCGAACCCCUAUCGCGCUCGCUCGGGGCAUGGUCAUUGAGCCAUUUAACAGCCUGGAGAGCCUCCAGCGGGCACGUAUGGUCAGUGACGGUGCAAGUCCGUUUGUCAUCGUCUCUGCUCUCGGCCCGGAGAAGAGCAACAUCGUGGGCCUUCUCGUCCGUGCCUUUGGUGGCUCAAGGGCUUCAGCACAUGCCAACUCUCGGAAGGUAUUUCUUGACUUAGCCGAUGGCCCACGAAAGGGUGAUCCUGGAGUCAUCGCAGAGCAGAGUGGGUUUGCUGCAUACGGUGUUGCUGAUACCACAGCUUUCACCACAGUGGAGAUGCUGAGGCUCCUUGUUGGUCAAAACGUGCCUUACAGCUUUGUACGCCUGGCAAGCGGACGAGGCAUGUUUUGA